GUAACAAUCAGUUUAGUAUGAUGCUAUAUCUAACAUGGACAAUCUCGAAGGAUAAUCAAAUUUUUAUCUAAAAUUAUUGGAAGUUAAAAUUCACAUUCUAAUUGUUAUAAUUUAAAAUUGUUAAAAUGUUUAAAAAUAAUAGGUUUAAUAAUAAUUGGAAAACGUAGACUGAUAUGUAAAAAUACCAUUAAUUAGUGAUUAAUGGUAUUUUUACAUAUCAGUCUACGUUUUCCUAUUAUUAUUAAACCUAUUAUUUUUCCCCUUAUUCCAUCAGAAAUAUCAGUACUAAGAUUUUGCUAUAAAUUAGUUAUUUUAAAUUUUCGUUCAGUAAAGUGCAUUAUACAUUCCGAUUUAUAAACAAGAGACAAUUUUUAAUACAUUGAAAAUAAAUAAUUUUAUCAUCCACAAAUGUCAUCAUUAAUCAACAGAUCCUGCGUUGCACGUGAUAUCUCGAUGCGAUUUGCUGACGCGUUCAUUGAUUGAAUUAUGAGCUACAUGACGUAAAUCGAUGUACUAGUGUAAAGUUCUGUAAAUUUGCCCGAGCAGCGUGUGCGCCGUCGGAAUAUGCAUAUGCUCGUUCGUCGCCCUUUGCAAUUACGAAACGGGGCGGAAAAGCGGCAGAAAAUAUAUACACGUUCUCGAGUGCCGUAUUAAGGUCGCAGUGAAUCCUAACACAUUCGCUAAUCGAUCGCGAAACAUAUUCGAUGACAAUCGUCGCGCAUUCAGCUCGUGAAAAGAAUUUUAACCCGAAUGUCGAUUCGAGGACAUCGAUAUAGUUUGAAUUCUGCCUCACAUCCGUUUUCCUGGUCAAAUUCACUCCAUUUUUUUGACGGUUGCAAUGUGAAGCCUGGGAAACAAAUAUUGACCGGACCGCUUGUGAAAAGUCACAAUAUUAAUAUUUUUUCGUAUUUAUCGCGACGAAGAGUUAACAUUGACCAUGUUAUUAUAUCGAAGAAUCCAUGUGUAUGUCCGAAUUAUAUCACAAUUUCCAUUUGUUGUGUCUCAAAUCGUUUAACAAAAAAGCACUGAGUCUGGUGAAGAUAACCAAAUUGGUUGUUUCGACCUAGAUAGAAUAUUAAAUUGAAAAAAAAAUCUAUAUAUGGUAUAAUAUUAUACAAUAUUAAUAUAAUAAUGUGUGUGAAAGAGAUUAUAAAUAAAUUUAUAAAGAGGACAGAAUUUACAAAAGCACAGAAUGGUUAUAAGUACAUAAAUUUGAAAUAUAUAAUUUGGCCUUUCAAAUAUUAUUUGGAUAAUUAAAAUUAAUUAAAUUAGAUUGAGAAAACUUUGUCAUAAUAUUCGUUAUAACAUAUUCGAUUAAAAAUAUUCUACAUGUCAUUGUAGCACGAAGAUAAUUUAUUCCACGGCACAUUGAAUUCGUAAUGGAGGUACCGAGUUUCACAGAUCUUGGGAAAAACGCGAGGGACGUUUUUAAGACGGGUUAUCACCAUGGCAAAGGACUUAUAAAGUUCAAUGUCAAGACUAAAUCUACCAAAAGGUUCCAGAUAACGAGUGACACAACGUUAAAUUUUGAAGCAUCAAAGUUAAGUGGUUUAAUGGAGACGAAGUACAAGGCAAAUGCUGGAGCUUUACUGUUAAAAUGGACGACCGAGGGUGUGCUUUUCCUGGGAUACGAGUUUAACGGGCUGCUAAUGAAGGGCGUUGAUUUGCUCUCCGAGUGCUCUUACAAUCCGGAAACGGCGGCGAAAAGCGUGAAGGUCGGCUCGAAAUUUGCCAACAAGAGGAUUAACACACGCUGCGAGAUCUGUUAGUCAAUUUACUUAGAUUUAUCUAACUUUAUACAUCGAAAACGGCAUUUUUCUCGCAUUAGAGAAUAUAUAUAAUCGCGUUCUCUUGAAUGUUAAUCUCCUCGAUAAUAUAUCCGCGAACUUGUCGAACGGACCCUGUGAAGCACGAGCAGCAAAAUAUUCGCGUAACAAAUUCACACAUCCUCUAUUUAUAAAGUUUUGUACAGUAACGGCUUUGGCCAGGUCGCUGCUUCAGCGAUGGAUAAAGGGCUUCGUAUAUUGUGUUCAUGUAUUCCCGUCUGAGGGACGAAGAAAAGUAAUUAUACCGUAGUCCAAACCUUUUACCGACCUCGUCGAGAGAAAAAAGUAUCGGUAUAAAACUGUUAUUAAAAAGAAUCCUUUUUUUUACGCACGUAGACGAUUAGAAUGUACUGCACAAAAUGUACAUAUUAAUAAUAUUGAAAGUGUACAAAGUAGCGCAAGUUCCGUCUCUUUACGCAAAAUCAAGUCUACCUUCUAAUAUUAUGAAAUACGAGAAGCAUUUCCGUAAUUAAAUACUGCGUUUGCAGAAUAUUUAACAGGGCAUAAAAAAUUACGGGAGCGUUGAGUUUCCUAUUUCUCUUUCUCCACCCCCCUGCUGCCCCUCGUCUCGUACCCGAUGUCUAAUUAAUUAAUUCAGCAGAGGCAACGACGACGGCAAAUGAUAUUCCCGAUGCGCUUUUAUAUGAGACAUUUAUCGUAAAAUCGAAACGAUCGGAGCGUGUAUCAGGCUUGAGUAAUUCGACUCGAACUUUCUCGUGCUUCGCGAUUGCACGUUGCGUAACAGAUGGGAAACUUUAAUAAAUAAAUCCUUCUCUCCGGGCAAACUUCUUUCCGAUAUCACGCGCAAGUUUCGCAGGAACAAUCGAGGACAUGAAUGUUUAGUAACAAGUCGCGGGCAAUUUUCGCGAAACACGAGUUUCCGCGAUGGUGACCGAUACAGGCACUUCUGAAAGCUUGCGGACAGUUACGCUGCCUCGUUCUAUCUAUUUCAGUGACAUCGAGGGGAGAGAAGAAAUUUUGCCAUUGCAUUUUUUAACGAAAUAAAGCGCAUUGUAAAUAGACGGAGAGGGUGGAGAGGUGAAUAAAUGAAAUUUCACGGAUUCCAAUAGAAACGAUUUAGCGCCCAGUUAAAUUCCCAUGAAAGAAUUAGAUUUUCUUUUUUUUUUCUCGAUGGAAAAACGCCGGAUAAUCGAAACACCCUGUAUUUUUUCCCGCCUGUAUGCGCAAGCAAUUCGACAAUAUCGCUUAUCGAAAUUAGCCGAUUUCCCGU